AUGGCAGAUGAACUGUCUUUCGAUGAACCUUCUGUAAAUGAUCAGUUAAUCUCGGAAGAGAAUUUGCCUCCUGGAUGGGAAAUAUUAACAGUGGACGAUGGAAGGAUCUAUUACGUAAAGUAAGACUUUGUUUUGUUUAUUAUUACGGAGAGCAAGCCUUUUGCCAGUGUUGCACGUCGAUCAUUGCAUUGAACUGCUUAUUAAAAAAAGUAAACUUUCUUCGACUGCGAUCUACAUGUGGCUUGCAUGUGCGUAAUAUCCUCAGAGGAAUAAUUUCAUAGAGGCAGCAACAGAUUUGGAUUAAAUCAAACCAAACAUAACCAAGCUUUUAGCUUUAUUUUACACCAGAAUCGAUGUACAUCUGUACUUAAGACUUUCAGGUGUACAGCGAGGUUUACAGUCAAACCAGGUCAAGCGUUCCCGUCGCUAACGAACUAAUGAAUUCAUUCACGGAAAAAUGAUUUCGUUUGUUGAUUCAAUAAUCCAUUCGUAAAAUGAACAAUCCAAUAUUCAUAUUUAGCCUCGAUUCCAUAAUCGAAUGUUGAUUCGAUUACUGUUUUUUGAAAAACUACACUUUCCACAAGUUGACCUCAGAAUUUGUUUUUUCCUCUUUUUUUCUGAGAGUUGAGUGCGGGCGAGUUCUGAAGUUCAAACCCAAACAAACUGUUACAUGUACGCCAGUUUGCUGCCAGUAAUCAGUGCAACAGACCUAGGCCUGACCUCUUAGAAAACACGACGGUCAAACUGGGGUCAAACUGAGGUCAGUGUUUGUGUGGUGAUUGGUGGAUUUCGAUCCUCGGCCUUUGUCAGUUUCUUUGCGUUUGCGGUCUGCCUAUUCUAGCUGUUAUUUUGAUUAAAGGCAAUGAAAAACGCAAUCUUAAACGGCAGGAAAGGGAAGCAAAUACGAUUGAACACAACAGACAAGAAUAAAGAACAGGUAGAUUUUGUUCAUAAACCAAAUCAACUUUUAAUUAUUGAAUCGAGGUACAAUUUGACUGUUGGAUUAUUCAUUUUAUGAAUGGAUUAUAGAAUCAACAAACGAAAUCAUUUUUCCAUUAAUGAAUUCAUUAGUUCGUUAGCGACGGGAACGCUUGACCUGGUUUGACUGUAAGAUUACUUUUAAGCUUAUUAAAGCUUAAGCUCAUAUAUUCACUAGUAUUUUGUUCAAUUAUCAGUCAUUUGACAAAAACUACUCAGUGGGAACAUCCCCAAUCAGGAAAAAGAUACAAAGUCACUGGAGGUAAAUAACUUCAGUUCAGUAACAGUACUAUUCAUAGUGUGGAAAUAAUGUUCACAAUAUUAAGUUUAUGUAUUUAUUCAUAUUUCACAGUCCUGUAAAUUAAAAGAGUUACAUGACCAUGACCCUGAGUAGCUCAAAAUUUUACCAUGAUAGACCAGGAGAAACAUAAACUUGUUAAAUUUACAUUUCGAACCCCAUGACUACUAGAUUAAUUAUGUAAACAAUGAUUUACAUAAUCAAUGUGGCAUUUCUGUCAUUGAGGCGCGGAUGUCUCUCUUGUGAAACGUCCUUGUAGUAGCAAGGAGCGAGCAGAGGUGGCAGUUUUCACAGGCUAGACUCAUAGCAAGUAAACAGUAUCUGGAAUUGAGUUUUUGAAGAAACAUCAUGGAAAAUAUCUAAGAAAGUAAGGGCAUGCUUCCCUAUCAGCCAUAAUUUAUGACUGUUUUGGUAAGCACUGAGCUACUGUGUUACAAAAUCAACAGCCAUUUUCAAUGGUCUAUACUCUUAUCAACAGCAGAAUGGCUGACAUUUGACUGCGAAUAGUCUCUUAUUUUGUUUUUUGAAUCACAGUAAACUGAGAGCACACCUUAGGGUUCGAGGGGCGAAGUCGUGAAGAAUGAGGGCCGCCCGGCGGAAGCCUGAGCAAAGAAAAAAUAAGAGACUGUAAUGGGAUCUUUGAUCUGGCAAUUUGCUCUUUUUCACACCUCCUUAAUUGCUGUUAUUGCCAGCUCCUUCCUUUUUGAUAAUUGACACCAUUUCGCAUGCUUUUUCCUGUAAACAAACAGCUUGCUUUCAAUUGUCUGUUCACUCCUGUUAAGUCUGGGACAUUAGUUCUCCAGUUAUCUGUGAGGCAUUGCAAUGAUGGUAGGGUAAUAAAUUACUAAAUUGGGGGUUCCUCAAAGAAAGCAUGGAAAAAAGUGAAUAGGCAAAAGAGCCUCGCAAUGCCAAUGUUAUAGACUGGCAAACAAGUUGAAAUUGACCUUUCAUCGUCAGGUAUGUGCUAUGAAAGUUGGAGCUGCAGUGAAAAUUGGACCCCUUUGGGAGUGAGAUGUUUUUGUCGUUGACAGAUUGACUAGCAGCCAACCAAUCGGGAAUCAUUGUUUCACUGAAACAGGAAUUCAAAGCAUAAUAAGACCUCUGCGGUCAUCCUUUUUCCUCUUUCCACCCAAAUCUCUCCUCCUUUGUCACCAUUAAUUUGCAUAAUCUUACUUCUUUGCUCACCGUGCGUGGCUCUGAGAAAAGAAGGACGACCGCUUGCAGUCUAGUCCUACAUCACAAUGUUUAAAACUCGUACGCAACCACAAGCUGCAGGCAAGUGGUUUCACUGACAGUUUUUUUGGAAAAUCAUGCAUGAGAGAAAGAGAAAACAAAGUGUGCAAUCAACACAUCAUUUCUACGGUCUCCUUCCUAUAUACUCUCAUCGACCAUAGCUCUGCAAUAAUCAGUGUGUGAAAUCUCUGUUAUUGUAAAAAACAGUGCUACUAUUCCCUGGAUGGGAGUUACAGGCAGUAGUAUGUUGCCAGUACUCAUUUCACACCUGAGCACAAUAGACCUCUCAUGGGUCCUGUAGUGGGUUAUUCCAGAAAAAAUCCACACGCCAACAACGGAAGGCAUGCUGGAAAAUCUUAUGGGAGGGGGGGUUAACGGCUCUGGAAAUCCAGACGGAAGGGGGGCUCUGAACCUAAAAAUACAUCUAAGUGCCGAAAAGUAUUCUUCUGCAUUGAGUGUAAAUUAAAAUUAUGGUGUCUAACAAUUUUAUGGAAAUCCAGAUGGGUGAGGGGGUCUUUGAACCUGGAAAUCCUGAGGGGAGGGGGGCUCAAGCAGUUUUGGAAAUCCAGGUGGAAGGGGGGGGGGGGCAAAAAACCGUGCCUUCCGUCGUGGGGGUGUGGAUUUUUUCUGGAAUAACCCAAUUCCUGUCCAUGUUCAUCCCGAUUGGUCAGGUCUGUUCUCAAUGAAGGUGAUUAAGUUGGUAUUAUAAGUAUGUAGCUGUAACUAAAAACGUGGUUUUAAUGAUAGCCACCUAAGCUGUAUUGAUCAUAAGAAGGCUCACAUAAGAAACUAAAUUAAUUUUCACAAGAUUAUUACUUCAGUCACAAUAGACUACAAGACAUGUACUGGCUUUAUAACGCCUGGCAAAAGCUUUUUCACAUUACAUUGAUUUCUGUUUUCUCUCUAGACCUUCCACAUGGCUGGCAGAAGCAUUAUGACAGUAAAGGCAAUGUUUUCUUCUUUGAGUAAGUCAUCAACAUAGCUUACUAAUAUUAGCAAGAAAACAUUUAAGUGUGAGAAAGUAUUUCACAUCUUAAAAAUUAGUUUCAUUCAACAUUUUUUCUCAGUAUAGAUUUAAGGUAUCACCACCUUUUUUAUCUGAGUGUAUAUAGUUUAAAGACCCACGGAUUGCAUCAUAUACUUUGUUUGCAGUGUUGUAAACAGACGUACAAGUCAUACUGAUCCAAGGCUUGGAAAAAAUCCUAGUAAUUAUCACACAAAAAGGCUGGAUGGCUACUCUAAUGCCAUGCAUGUUUUAAAUGGAGAGAACCUAACUGGAAAGGUUGCUGUGGUGACAGGAUCCAAUAGUGGUAUUGGUAAGUGUUUAAAGGGAUACUUUUAAUUUACACUGUUAAGUUGUUAGUUAUGUGUGGUACAUGAACAAGCAGGGCUGCCAUUCUCCAGAGAUCUAAAAUCUUUUGCAGUAUCACUCAAUAUCAACCACCUCACCAACAACCAGGGUCUCAAAUAACUGGUAAGAACAUGCUGGCUAUGAUUCAAGAUCUCGUCUAUAAGAUGAUUGCAUCACUUGGCGGUGACGCCAAGCCAGGCCUUGUCUCCUUCAUCCUGUCAUAUAAAUAAUGGAAGGUGACAUAAGGAACUCGCACUCCUUUUUAAAAAGAGUAGGGGAGGUAGACCCUGGUGGUGUGGUCUAUCUCUCAUAGGGGUAGCUGGGGAAUUGUAACGCGCCUACAGUAAUUGACAUCAUGUGCUGAUGUGGUGACCAUGCCAAAACUGGCACACCUAAGUAAAUGAUAUAACAAAAUAAACCGAAAGGCAUAAGGUUGAUAAUUAAUUAUAACUUUGUUAAAAAUUGCCAUACCUGUAUACAUUAACCUCCUCCCCUGAAAAUCUACUUAUUUGGAGAUGGAUGGAUAUGCAUGUACACAGGCUAGAAAUUGACAAAAUGAAAGCAUCCAGCUUCUUACCUUUGUCAGGUUUUGAAACAGCCAAAGCACUUGCACUGCAUGGAGCUCAUGUGAUUUUAGCCUGCAGAGACAUGAACAAAGCAAGAAAGGCAGCUGUAGUGAUAAGAACAGCACAGGUCUGUUGAUUUGUUUACUGGUAAUCAUAAAUUAUUAUCAGGGCAAAUACCAGUUAAUUAAAAACGUUUUGAUUUUGUGGAGAUGUUCUUCCCAACUAGAAAAUAUUUUUAUACCGCUUGUCUUCUUCCAAUUUAACAAUCAUUUAAAUAACAAGUAACUGAAUGUCAGCCUAAAUUCUACUUCCUCUCUAGAUUUUAAGGUGCUGAAUUAUCUCCAAAAACCAUCAACCAAACAAUAAUUUAUUUUUCACCUACACAAAGUAUUAGGAAAAACAAAGAAGGGUACAUUAAGCUGCCGGAGACAACGAAAGGCAGCAAGAAAGAUAGGGUAACCAGACGUAGAAGAUAAAUGACACAUAAUAGAUAGGAUCUGACACAUUACACCCACAAAAUUCCAUGAAAUUGAUAUUGAACAUGUCUGCCAUGCUAUGAACCGCUCCCAUUCAUGCAGCUAACAAUACUACUGUUAGGCCAUGCCUAGUAAAUAGACAGCAUAGCUCACCUACAGAGUUCCCCUGUUGCUGAAUCCUGGUGUUUUUUUUCUCUGUCACAUACUCAAGACAAGACAAAAACAACAUUUUUUCUCACAAAAACAUUAUUGUUUCCUUCCUCCAAGACUCCUGAAGCUUAUGUUGAGGCGAUGUUGCUGGACUUAGCUUCCUUUGCAAGCAUCAGAAACUUUGCAGAACAAUUUAGACAAAGAAAACUGUAAGUCUUAAUUUAAUGUUUUUGCAACAUUGGAUUUAUUCAUAACACAGCUUCUGAUUUUGUAUGUGGUGGUUUGAUCUCACAUAAUUGAUGUCAAAUCAAUUUAAUUGUUUUAAUUGCAUUAAUCCACAGGGACACACCUCAUUAAAAAGUACAUUAUCUAGACAAAAACAGGCAUGCAUAAAUACUAAUAGGGUUAUUAAUGAUUUUGCUUUGAAAUAAUUCUUUUGCAGAACCUCCCAAAUUAUUAAAAUUGUUAGUGUUGUUUUGAAUCUAAAAAGAGUAUAAGGCAAAAUAUAGCCCCCCCCACCCAAAAAAAAAAAUGCAUAAUUUGCCUAUAUCAAAUGUUUUCAUUACGCUGACUGAGACUUCCAGAAAAUUCCACAAAGUAGACCAAUAUUUUUUGUAGUUAUAAUCAGGUGACCUCCCAACAGGUUGCAUGGGAACUGGAGGUGUUGAAGUUUAGCUAAAUUUUUUACUUUAAUUACUUCAAUGGCAGCUAUAACAAUAUAUGAUAUCUCUAUUUGAAUAGAAAUCCAAAGGCCCUUCAGAUACAUGUUUCUAAAAUGUCUUUGUUUCAUUUCCCAUUUUAAACAGCCCGAUUCACAUCUUAAUUUGCAAUGCUGCAGUAUUUAGUUCAUCAUGGAAAAAGACAGAAGAUGGAGUUGAAAGCACCUUUGGAAUCAAUCACCUUGGUCAUUUUUACUUGGUUCAGUUAUUGGGGGAUAUUCUUUGUUCCUCUUCUCCUGCCAGAGUAGUUGUUCUCACUUCUGAAUCCCACAGGUUGGUAUAUAUCACUUCUGUAGUUUAGUGAAAUUUAGUAUUGUUCUCCUUUCUGUUUCUAAGUUGGUGUAGUUACAUGUGCUUGUAGGUUUGCUUUGGUGAUCUGGGCCCUUCCUCGUCAGUUUACAGAUCCUUUAUUAAAUGCUUCCUAAGCACCUUGGAGGUGUGGUUUGGUGGUUACCCCUCUCUGGUUGCUAUGGAUACAUUGUGCUCAUCUCUUGAGCUUGCCACCUCUAUCCUCCAGGGCACCAAUGCUCAACCUCAUUAUUUUAUUGUUCAAGUCAGUAUUCUGAAAGUGACCUGAUCCACACUGACAUCUGAAUACUAGACUUUUGAUUAUUAUAUGCAUGGUGAUGUAAAGCAAAGGCAGCCCAAACAAAAUGAUCAGUGUUACAAAAUUCAUGGUGAAUGAAGAAUGAUUUUGGCCAUGACAAGAGGCAUUAGAAAAACAAAAAUGAAAGAGAAAUAUUUCAAUAGAGGCAGCAAAAGUACGGCUGAUUAUUUAUGUUUGUUUUACCAGGUUUCCUGACUUGAGCUACUCCAAAAGGUUAAAUCUAUCAGAUGUUCCACUCUCCAAAGACAAAUACUGGUCUAUUGUUGCUUACAACCAGUCCAAACUUUGCAACUUGUUGUUUUCCAUGGAGCUCAAUCGCCGUCUGAAAUCAAAAGGAGUCACAUGCAAUGCAGUGCAUCCUGGCAAUCUUAUCUACACAUCACUGCCAAAGAACUCUUGGUUUUAUUGGUUGUUGUUCCUAAUGGCAAGGCCCUUUGCCAAGACAGCUGUAAGUGAACCCUCUCAUCCUUUAUAGUAACUGAAAAAUGCUAACUUGUCAAUAAUUUCUUGUGGUAAAAUUCUUAGAAAUAAAUAUUACCGUGCAAAAGCUCUGUCAAAGAGGUUACAUUUGAAUGGUAACAUUGGCAGAUCAUGGGAGAGGCCCAGGCCCCCCCUUAUUUUUAGACCAAACUGAGGCCUAUAAAGGGCCGAAAAAAUUUUUGGGAGACCACCCUCCCCCCCAUUAUCAUCUCAAGGUCUGGAUCUGGCACUGGGUAAUGCAAAAGGAUUUAAUUCACCUAUCAGAAAGGUAUUAAAAAUGACAAAUAAUUUUUCCAUGACUUGGCCAGUCUACUGAAGAUGUGGAAGGUUCAAGACUAUAUGACAUUAGUGCAUUCUGAUUGGUUGAGCUACUACUAGGCUAUAUGUUAUAGCCCACUAGUAGCGAAAAGUGCCGGCUUUGAAAACCAAAGCAAUGGCAGUUGAAUCGCGUUUUGCUAGCUAAAGUUGUUUUGUCUCAAUAUUUUUGACCAACUAGUUGGAUUUUACUCAUGGCCUCUGAGUCAAAAGCCCAUUUGGCCUUCGGCCUCAUGGGCUAUUGACUCAGAGCUUAUUAGGACCACCCAAAUUCAUCCCAGCCGACACAAAAAAUACAGCCAAUCAAAAAGCAAGAAGUGAUUUACAAAUUCAUUGGUUAGUGCAUGAUUCCUUCCUGCAAUCAUAUAAAAUUACAUACUUUUUGACUUCAUGGGCGAAACAGUUAGGUCAGGGUCUGGGUGGGAGGGGAUCUAUUCUGAGAAUCCAGGAUUUGACCAAAAUGUGGUGCAGGUACAGGAUAUGACUGCUGCCCGGGAAGCGGGAUUCACCAGUUUGACCCUUUAAGCCCUAAUAUCCACAUACAAAUUCUCCAAACUGAUCUCUAUACAUUUCUUUCAUGAAUGAAUUGAGAUAAUUUGAUAAAGAUCAAAACAUUUUCCCUUAUGCGAUCAUUUUGUUAAUUCUCAUAACCUUAUCUCUUUUCACAUUGUAUGGAUAUUGUUGGGAGAAAAUUGAUGUUGGUCACUAUUGGGACUUAAAGGGUUAAGGAAUAUGUGGAUUGAAAAAGACAAUGAUUGGAAUUAUAUUAGAUGAAACAAGUUCAGAAAGAGCAGGUAUGCAUGCCCUAGGAUUCCACAGUAAUGAUUGUUUCUGGUACCGUGUCGUUACCGUGGUCUUAAAAUAACAGAACCGAAAAACAGUUUCAGCCUUGAUCAAUUUACAGAAUUUCACUAUUUUUCCACAUGGAUUCUAAGCCAGUAGAGCAAUUCUUAACUUGGGUUAUGUACGAAACUAAAACUUAAGAUUAGCAUCUAUCAUCUUUAUCAUCUUGAAUCAUUUCCAAAGUGCAUUGAAAGUUACUGGUUUAUGGGAUCCAGUGCCAAGAAAAAAGUGUAUGACUACCAAAAAAUUGAAAACAUUUUAGAGUUGGGUUCCCAUGAAUUUUUACCAUGCUAAAAAAAAUUGUUACAAGUGGUUUCCCAUGAUCUCUGGGCACGGAAGCGAAAGACUGUUUUCCAUGGGAAUUGAAAUGCUAGGGCUUGGGAAUGCAGGUUCAGGAUCCCCCUUCCAGACCCUACAGCUGUAUUAUUAAGUUAUCUGAGAAUUAAGUUUCAGUAUUUUAAGGUCCUGAAGUUUGCUGUCCAAAGACCAACAGCUCCACUGAGUGCUAAGCAAUGUGUUUUGACGUAAUUUUCAGGCCCAAGGAGCAGCCACUGUUGUAUAUUGUGCUACAUCAAAGGAGCUUAAUAGAGUGGGAGGACAUUAUUUCAACAACUGCUCUGUGUGUUUGCCAUCAGAGGAAGCAAAGAACCCAGACAUGGCUGCAAAGUUGUGGCAACUGAGUGAACAACUUGUCAGACGGAUAACAUCAAAUGAAGAGCCAGUUGUGAACUUAGAACUAAUCCAGCAGCCGUAUGUAACAUGA